AAAAACCCAGCCUGUGACACCAGGUGCCAGGAGAAGUCUCCACGAGUCGGGAGAGCCAGACGUCCUGGGGCUAGAGGGAUGCGGCUGCCCAGUACCCUCAUACCUGUGGCUGUUUUGCUUUGCUCCACCGUGCUGAUCCCUGGCGGAGGAGGUGAGCCGGUCUUCGGGAGAAGGGAUCACUCCGACGCGAACCGCAACAACUGGCUUGCUCCCCGCAUCGUCACCACUCAAACAGCAGAGGAAUAUUUGAAAAAGUUUGGUUGGGGCCAGCCGGUGGAUUGGGAAAACCAAGACACUGGUACGGACGAUGACCCUAAAGAGGAGAACUCUGUUCCAGAUGAAGUGCCUCAGAUUAUGACUGAAGGAAUUUCUGGAGAGACUGUCACGGUAAAAACUCCGAAAGAGUCCACCGAAAAGGCCUCUUACCUUCAGAACCUGAAGGAGUUCCAGGAAGCUAAUGGACUGAAUCCCACUGGCGUCCUUGACAAUGCCACCCUUGUGGUGAUGAACCUGCCUCGCUGUGGUGUCCCCGAUAAAACGCUGUUGGAAAACAGCUCCCUGCACAACGCCACCUCACGCAACGAGUCUACCUACAGUAGUUUGGAGAGCACCCGGCCUACCUCUGAGCAAGGGGCCGCCAGGAAGAAGCGUUUCCUCGCCAAUCUGAUGGGGCGUUCCAGACAGAAAAGGGAUGGCCUGGAUGCCCUGGGAGGAGCGACCACCAGCAUGGGCUUCUCAAAGCGAAAGCUGAAAUGGCGCCUCAUGGACGAAGCGUUCACCAUCCAAAUGAGCAUCGAGCAGCAGAAAAAUAUCCUGGGCCUGGCUUUCCGAAUGUGGAGCGAGGUGACUCCACUGGAGUUCGAGGAAGACCUUGUUUCUCUUCCCUCCGACAUUGACAUCAAACUGGGCUUCGGAACAGGGCAACACCUCGGCUGUUCGCAGGACUUUGAUGGAACGGGACAGAUCUUCGCCCAUGCCUGGUAUUUGGCAGAUAUCCAUUUUGAUGACGCGGAACAUUUUGUUGUCGCUAACAACGGGCAUGGCAUUAGUCUCCUUACGGUUGCUGUCCAUGAGAUUGGCCAUGCCCUUGGCUUGCCCCAUCUGCUUCGAACAGGCUCAGUUAUGCAUCCAAAUUACAACACACACGGUGAAAACUUGGAACUGGACUGGUUAGACAGGAAGGCUAUACAGCGCUUAUAUGGUGUUUGUGAAGGUGCUUUCAAUACGGUAUUUGACUGGGUCUAUCAGCGUAAGAAUGCCGAUGGGGCUGUGACAUACAACUUCAACACAUACUUCUUCAGAAAGGGCUGGUACUGGCUGUAUGAAAACAGGAGCAACAGGACACGCUAUGGAGACCCCAUUACCAUCUCCACUGGUUGGCGUAAUCUUCCUGAUUCAGAUAUAGAUGCCUUUGUUCACAUUUGGGCCUGGAAUAAGAAUUUUGAGGAGAAGAGAGAUGUACAGUAUUUCUUCAAAGGAACACAGUACUGGCACUACGACCCCAUCAAUGACAUGGCUUUUACUCAAGAUGCCCAGGGCAACAACUAUCCCAAGCCCAUCACUGAAGGGUUUCCUGGAGUUCUCAGCCCAAUAGACACAGCAUACUUUGACAGAAAUGACCGAAACAUUUAUUUCUUCAGAGGCCAGGAGGUGACUGCCUUCAGCAUUGAUCUUAAUCAGAAGGUGGAUGGCUUUCCCAAGAAGAUUGUGGAUAUCUUUCCAGCGCUGGUGGCUGGUGACCACCCUGUGGGCAACCUCAAUGCCGCCUAUUACUCCUACGCCCACCGUGCGCUGUUCCUCAUGAAGGACCGUUAUUUCUGGAAGGUGGUGACGGAAGAGGAGCGGCAAGUCAACCCCAGCCUGCCAGCCCGGGGCCUCCAUGCCCGUGUCAGCAUGACUGAGCAGUGGUUUGAUAUCUGCAAUGUCCAUUCAUCAAUGCUCACUCUGUCGUCUGGUUAAACAUUAUGUGCCCUCAAUCACCCCUUCACUGGUGGCUGGAGAGGUGCAGGACAUGGGUGACCACCUGAAAGGACUGUGCCUUGCCUCCAUUUUGUAAAUGAUCUUCAGCAUUAGCACUAGAUACCCUUUGUUGAUAUAUAUUUUAGCCAAACAGUCAGGUAAGAAUAUUUUACUGUGGUCCCUGUUUGCUGUUCCCUUCGAAUUUAGCUCCAGGUGUCUGAGUCUUGAACACACCCACCCAAGAGCAAGAUUGAUGGUACUAACAUCACUGGCCAUGUGCAGAGUGUUGAUAGAACAGCAGAUAAUUGCACCCACUUACCACAUGGAGGUGCUUUCUAAAGAGCAUCAGUUCACAACAGGAACCGACCUUAAGUUGCAAUAAACUGACUGGAAAAGAGGAAGUUAACUGCGUUUUUAAAAUAAAUUUUAUUUUUGUAUAGAAAAUUCCCACGUAGUUCAAGGACUAGAGUUUAUUGAAAAUAACCCACUUCAUUGCAGCUGAUCUCAACCACUCUGAGCCCAUCUACAGAUGAGGUAUAGUGAUUAGGCCUUUGCCUUAGUUUUUCUUCUCUUUGUGUUUCAAGAUACUGCUUAAAACUGGGGCCCAGAGAGUUUUGUGUCAUCGGGAAACAUUAGGAGCAUUAAUGGCCCUCUCCGAUCAACCUCAAAAGCCUGCUACCACGAUUCAAACAGAUCAUGGCUGAACUUCCACUUGACUUCAUUUACUUGACCUUGUUCCCGAUCUCUUGAGAUAUUUACCCAAUAAAAAACUACCAGGCUCAGUACUGAACGUUUCAGUGGUCCCACUGUCCAGUCUUUGACGGAUGGGCAGAGAUGAUGUGAUUUGAGGCUUUGUGUUGACUGUCUGAGCUAACAACACUUUUUAUCAUGUCUUGUUGCUGGAGCCAAGAGUCAAGAGAACACCUUCUUCUUUUGUGCCUCUUGGAAGAAGAAUAGUCCCCAUCACUUGUAAAUCCCAUGAAACAUUGAGUAAUAAACUCAGCAGACCAGGCAGCAUCUGUGGAGGAAAAUGAACAUGGGACUUUUCCAAUCAUGGGGUGUGGAUUCCCAUGCAUUUGCAGUAGUAUAGCUGAACUUGAGGUGUUUCAUAUUAUUAUCUGGUGGUCCUCUCGAGACAGCAGAUCCAUUCUACUCUAAAAACAUAUUUAGUGCUGCCUCAGAAGUGUACCAGAACAUCCACCUUGCACUGUGCUCAAUUGUGUGUCCUAGAAGUAACUGUGUCCUUAUGUGGGCAGUUCGUGAGCUCAUGGUGCACUUCGAUUAGUAACUUACUGAGGCCUCUCAAGGUGAGCAAAACAAAACAGCCAUGGAAUGCAUGUUUGGAUUGCAAAUGGCUCCUGAACGGUAUUUCUCUUCUGCAUUUGGAACUGGCCUCACUCUUGACUUACAGCUCAAGGAACAAAGCACAAUGAAGAUAAAUAAUGGUACAGACAGGCACAUGCAAGCCACAAACGGCAGAAGUCAAUACGUUGUGCUCACUGCACAGCCCCAAACAUUAGUGAACUGAUGAUGUUAAACAAGUGUUGACCACGACAAUGCAAUUCAGAAUUCAGGAUUCAUUUCCUGAGUCUU